AUGAAGGUGGAUUGGGCUUGCAACAUCUUGAAUAAUAUGGCUCUCCUGUCUACUCAUGUGCUCAAUUUGCUAACCCAUAAAGAGUCUUUGUGGGUUAAAUGGAUACAUACAUAUAGGCUUCGUGGAAGUAACUUUUGGGAAAUCUCUUGUAAAGGUAACAUGUCAUGGAGUUGGCGUAAGUUGCUUUCUUUGCGCCCAAUUUUUCCAAAAAAGUUCUGGUUUGAAAUUGGAAAUGGAAAAAUUGCAUCGGCCUGGUAUGAUAAUUGGAAUGCAUAUGGUGCCUUAAAAACCUAUGUAUCUCCAAGAAUGAUUUUUAAUGCAGGAUUCCAACUUUAUGAUAAAGUGUGUUUUUUUAUUGAUAAUGGUAUGUGGCGAUGGCCGCAAGCAUGGAACAAUUUGUUCCCAAAUAUUCAGGCAUUGAAUCUGCGACUGGAUGUUCCUAAUAAGCUCUUUAGAAGGACUCGCAUGGGUUUGGUUUCCUUUCCAAAUACCAAAGCAUGCUUUAUCCUAUGGCUUGCGUUGAAGCAAAAGCUAAAGACACAAGAUAUGCUUAGUCAGUGGGAUGUUCAUGCGCUAUCUCUCACGCCUCACGUCUGCUCGUUAUGUGAAGUUUGGUCUACAGUGAGUAAUAAGGCUGGACUACCUAUGGCAAAUGGUGUUUGGGAUGAUAUUAUUAGUGAAAUGCUCCCGACUGCAAAACGAGUUUCAAUGCAAAAUGUUGUUGCCAAAUUGGUCUUUGCGGCAUCGGUCUACUUCAUUUGGCAGGAACGAAAUGCACGACUUUUCAAAAAUCAUAAAAGAUCAGCUUGUAAAGUAGCAGAGAUGAUUUUCUCCACUGUUCGUCUCAAAUUAAUGACGUGCAGAUACAAGAAGACACGCCGAGUUGAACAGUUCUUAACAUCAUGGGACCUUCCUUUUCGAUUAGUCAAUAAUGAGUAA